AUGGAAAAGUUUCAAAGAAAUAGUAUAGAAAAAUUAAUCAUCAGCAAGCAGAUUGGUGACAGUAUUGCUUUUAUUUUCUAUGCAAUUCUACGAUCACCUCACAACAACAAUGCAAGGCAUACAAUUUGCAUGGUAUCAUAUGAAAUAAAGAAAUUAUGUUGGGCAGAAGUUCAUGACAAUUUUGGCAAUAGCAUAUUGCAAAUUGUAAAUCAACUGACGACAUUUAUUGCUUGGCUUUUGGAAUUUGGAAGUGAGGUACGAGAAAGAAUGGAAAGAGCGGGAAGAAAUGGGAACGAGAAAGAUUCUUUUACAUCACCAUUCCAAGACAUUGGACAGAGAGAAACUUUGAAAAGAACCGAAAGUGUUGAGAGAAGCUUUGCGCAUGUCUUGAAAUAA